GGGUUUCCCUGCAGUUCUUCAAACGUUAUGGAGUAAGAAGGACAAGUAGAUAAAAUGUUCAUAACAUUAUAAGAGCUAAUAAUAUUCAGCUGCAAACUGUAGAUGAAACAAUCAUGUCAAUGGAGGCGAAUCAUUUCAGCUUUGACAGAAAAUGUGAUUCAAGAAGCGACCUGUACACCGCGCUCUACAGCUUGCCGGGGGAGCAUCAGCACUUCCAGAGGGUAAAGACGCGUCAGCCCCCUAAGCGUACUCACAGUCUCCCCCCGGGUCACUACAACAACCACAGACCCUCAUCAGCCCCACCGUUGCCCCCUAGCCCCGGGCACAUCCCGACCCAGAAGCUGCUUCCCGAACGUCCUCUCCAGCGUAAGAAGAAAACUAAAUGUCUCGAGAAAAAGAACGUGCUAUAUAUAGCGUUGAUCGCGCUAGUCUUGGUGCUUACUGUUGUUCUCUUGAUGAUUUAUCUGACUCGAUCAGACUCGUGUCAGAAAAAGCUCCCAGAAUUCCAGCCCCAGAACUGCAGUAGCGUGUUACUUAACUGUCAGACCGGAGAAGUAAUCAAAACUACUGGAGCACCGGAAACUACAUCGUUUCAAACUUCCUUAUCUGACACCAUCACAGUGACGGCUCCCAUUAAACCAGCAAGCACAGAUGACGUCACGAGUCCACCUGACAAUACAAAGAGCUGUGGGGAGGGAGAGGCGUGUGUCAAGUUGACCUUUCAGAUACCCAGCCCACCAUUUCAAUGUAGUCCAAAUAACGCAUCAAAAAAUCUCAAGCUGAACGACAAGGCGGUGUUUGGCACAACAGACAGUGGUAUUAGAAUUAGCAAGAAUGUCUCGGUCAACGUGUCUAGGUCUGGAUGGUAUUUCAUUUAUUCCAGUCUAGCGUUCACUUUCGACUGCACGUCGACAUGUAAAGGAAAUGGUGACACGAUGUAUCAUAAAGUGAGGUUGUAUCGGAUCCUUGUCAACACAGACCCAACUAAAGACAUCAAAAAAGAGAUCUUUAGUGCGUCUCAUUCGUGUUGUAAGGGCUGUGGUACAAGUCAACGUGUCAGCGUAGCUGGUGGAGUAUACCAAGCAGUGAGCAAUGACUUCAUCUACUUUGAUAGCACACGACCGGACCUCAUCAACUUUGACAGCCCAGACACAUUCGUCUACAUCUCUCUUUUACACACUGACAACUGGGCAUGGGAUAAACCAGCGUCUUAAAUAGCGGUUGAAAAACGUAUGAGAAGACAGAUUGCAUAACUACUAUAACCUAUCGAUUGAGAUUUCUUAUAAUUAAA